AUGUUUAGAUCUAACUUUCCCUCCUCCCAGGGCUACAUUGAAUACAUCAAAAACUUGCCCAUCAAUGACAAGCCUGAAAUAUUUGGUCUCCAUGAGAAUGCUAACAUCACGUUUGCCCAGAAUGAAACGUCCGCCUUGUUGGGCUACCUCAUACACCUGCAGCCAAAAACGGCUGCCGGGAAAGGAAGCACCCGUGAAGAGGUUGGUGUCUUGUGGGAAAUUUAACUACAUUUGUGAGAAAUGUCCACAGCUUGUCGCUGAGUCCUUAUUGAUGCACUGAGGGUUACAAGCGGUCAUUUUUAUCAAGAAAUUUUUCAAUGGUAAUUACCAUAUAAUUCAAAUGAUCUGGUGUUGCAGGGAAAGCAAGCAAAUACACAAGAGGAAUGAAUGCCUGUUUGAACUUUGACGUCUCGGCUUUAACUUUUUAUUCACUAUAAUUUAAAAUAAUAUCAGUUGGCUUUCAAGCGCUGAUAGCUUUCUUUUUACGGUGAAGCCAUGAGCUCAUGCUUGAUCAAAUUUGUACACCUUUCUUAGAAUCAGAGCUUCCAAGAAAAUUAUUUGACAUUGUACUUUAAAGGUUUCUCAUAACACAAGCACUGAUACAACGAGAGUACAGUAUGAAAUCUGAAUGAAUACUGAUUAGCAUGGAAGUUAACAUUUGAUUUUUCAUUCAGGUGACGGAAUCAACCGCCAAAUUUAUUCUUGAGAAAUGUCCCAAUGCUAUCGACCUGAAGACAGUCACCUCCAAGUACCCAGUCAAGUAUGAGCAGUCCAUGAACUCGGUACUAGCCCAAGAAGUUAUCAGGUAACUCAAGUGUACAGGGAUCUGACAGUUACAGUGAAAUUAAAAGACUGAGCCUUGGGUGGGGGCUUGGGGCCUUUGUAUGGCUAGUGUUACAGUAUUCUGAUUGGUUAAAGACUGAGCCAAUGAACUUAGGUCUAAUGAUUAAAUCAUACAUCAAGUAUUACAUCACUGUAUGGAAAAAAACAACGUGUAAUUACAAGUGAAUUUAAGUUUUAAAAAAAAGAAGAAAAGAAAAGACAUUACAGCUAGAAAUGGGAGUCGAACCCUCUUUUAGAAGUCCGGUUCAGGUUCGAUUGUCAGCACGGUUUGGGUUUUGUCGUCGCCGUGGUAUGGGUUUGAUCAUAUCCCUCAUUGGGUUGGAUUGUCACCAGGGUUCAGUUCAAGGUUGGUCGUCAGCAGGGUCUGGUUCGGCUUCAGUCAUCAGCAGGGUUUGAUUUCAGGAUGGGUAUGGUACCUGUAACGCAUGCUCUGACAUCAUUGUAACUUAGUGGGUUAUGUCAGUAGCAUGGUCACUUGUUUUAUGUUAAUAAUUCAGGAUGCUGGCUAAGACUUCUUCGUUCUUCCACUUAUUAUUCAGGCACGCAAAUAAGAAUACUGAAUCCUGGUUAAACUUACAGUACUUUAUUGAAUCACAGUUUACACAGAUAAUAUUAAUAAUAAUCCUUGCAUGAAUGUAAUCAUUUCACAUAUAUAUAUAUAUAUAUAUCAUCACUCAGAAAGACACGUCCUCACACUGCUAUAACUCAGCUCAACUCUCUUCUAACUCUGACUCUUCUCUUGCUCAAUCAACUCAACUGCCCCUUUUAUUACCAGCAAAGCGUGGAAACGCCCGCUUUGACAAAAACAUAAUUACUCUCCAAAAACGUGGAGCUCACAUUUGCUUCUCAAAAAUACAAUACACUCUACUCGUGGCAAAACAUGGUCAACACAAUUCACUGUUCACUCAUGCUACCUCUCUGUUUUCUUGUGAAAACAUAGUCCGUUACAGUACCCAUCUCUAAAUACAACCUUUCAUGAUAUCCAGUGAUAAAUGGUAAUUUAAAAUUAAUUUUAUUGUGAUGAAAUAUUUUGAAACACACUACAUCCCACCCACUACAUCCCACCAACUACAUCCCACCCAUUACAUUCCGGUUACUUAAGAUCAGCACAAUCAGGGCUAAUUCUUUACCUCACAGUAAGGACUGACAGAUAUAGAAUUAAUUUGUUCUCCAAUCAGUCAGAAUUUACCAUAGUGUUUUCCUACUAGUUAUAACAUCAAAUAAGCCCUCUUUGAAACCAAAAGGAAUACAACAGAUGCAAGAUAUGGAUACGAAAACCUUAGAUAAUGUUAGACAUCCUAUGGCCACGACACAGGAGAAAUUUCUGUCUACAUUCACUUCUUUGAAUGGACCAUUAAUUUGUUGACCCCAUUAACCAAGGGCUGAUAUGAAAAUGAUUUUGUGAAUUUCAGGUACAACCGGUUACUGAUGAUAAUUCACCAGUCUUUAAAAGACCUUUUGAAAGCCUUGAAAGGUCUCGUUGUCAUGUCACAAAAGCUUGAAGAGAUGGCCAACAGCCUGUUUGUCAAUGCCGUGCCAGCAAUGUGGGCAGGAAAGGUGCGUUUACCUUGUAUGACUGCUGAUCUCAUAGUAUAUUACUAUCUCUUUCCUCUCUCUGUUCCCCACACCCUGUCUGCUGAAUCUGUAGCAGGACAAACAAUGUUAGUUAUGAACACUUACUUAUGUUAUAUUUGUGAAGUAUCUCUGUACAUAAUUAUGGGUGUAGUAAUGUAUGGCAUGAGAAUACUGUAUAGCAGGCGUGCAGAACUCAAAAUGUAAGGCGGGCCGUAAUAUUUUAUGGAAAACUUGUGCGGGCCAAAAGAAAUAGGCAGGGUGAAAGCUAUUAAGAAAAUAACAAGAAUAAAGAAUAUUUCGUUACCUUGUUGGCCGCAAAGUGGGUGCUGGUGGUCCACAUGCGGCUAGCGGGCCGUAUGUUGUGCAGGCCUGCUGUAUAGAAAUGUGUGUAAAUAUAGAAUAUUUAUGAAGAACAUGUGUCAGUAAUUUGUAAAAAUAUAGAACAUGCAGUGAUCUUUUUAAUUUUAUUUACCCAUAAGAAUGAUAUUGUCCUUAGGCGUAUCCAUCUUUAAAACCAUUGGCGGCAUGGAUAGUUGACCUAAAUGCCAGGAUGGACUUUAUGAACAAGUGGGUGGAUGACGGGAUCCCAUUGGUAAGCUUACAUGUUUUAUUGACUUGAAGCGUGAUGACUUGUUGCUUAGGUGGGGCUGAGGGUGUUUCACUAAGGAUCAUCACCCCCCCCCCCCCCCCCCCCCCCCAAUCAAGAAUGCUGCCCAACUAAAAGUCGUUGGUCUGAUGAGUAUUUUCUAUUCAUGUGAAUAAAAUUUGGUACAUUGCGAACGUGGCAAUGUCGAGUUACCGGUAGUGCUAGUGUACUUACCAGUAGCUUUUUUCAUACAUGUUUUUAAUAUGUAUGCAGAGUGCUGACUUAUGGAGAUUUAGAUACAAGCAUCUGGUGCGAUAUGUCUGGAGUCAGUCAUACACCAGCCAUAGUUUAGUGUUCAGUAGGUAAAAAUCUGACAAAAUCAUAAACAUUACAGGAUUUCUUAACCCCAAAGGCUUACCCGCCAUUUAUCCACGAGUCGUAACGUUUAGAUCAAUGUGUAGACGAGUAUUUGUACUGCAUUCGAAAUUUAAGAGAUUGCUGAAUAGAAACUACUUGUCAUAAAGUCAGCAAAGCAUCGCAUCCUAAUACAAGACAGUAUUUGCAUUAACUCAAGCUGAUUAGCAGAUCAACCGCUACUAUACUUUUGUAACCUUGCAAUAAAACAUUCAAACCUUCCUCCUUGCUGUCACACAGAUUUUCUGGAUCUCGGGUUUCUUCUUCCCACAAGCGUUCCUGACAGGCACACUACAGAACUACGCCAGGCGCGUGUCCAUCUCCAUUGACACAAUCAGUUUUGAUUUCCAGGUUGGUUCUAUGAUUUUUUAGGGAUUUGAAUAUUUCAUUUUCUCCCAUUCGCUGUCCCCCCCCCCCCCCCCCCCCCCAAGUGCUGGCUUUAGGUCAACUGUUAUUGUGAGUUAUGAGACAAGAUUUUCGAGGUUCAAACUCAAAGAAAUAUUUCUUUCUUUCCACUGUUUCAAGAUCAUUUGGUUUGCAUAGCUACAAUAUCCAUAGACAGAACGAUUGCAGAAACGUUGGAAAUGACCGAAAAAGUUCAGGAUUUAGCUUCUGCAAUUAAACAGCCCCUAAGACCAAAAAAUGUUCGUUCAUAUAAAUCCUUUAUAAAUUGUAAUAUCUGGCAAUGGGGGAUGGUGCUGAAAAUUUGACAAAACAUACAUUUAAGUAAUGGACUUUAUAAGAAUCCCAAUAAGUGGUUGUCGUCUCUUUCCCCCCCCCCCCCCCCCCCCCCCCCCCCCCCCCCCCCCCCCCCCCCCCCCCCCCCCCCCCCCCCGGCCGGCUGGCAACCCCACAUUGUUUUCACGCCCUUGAACUAUAUUAAUAUUCUAAUGAGCCACCUGCUUUUACAGAGCAAAUUUAUUUCACCAUUUCAGAAAAAAAACUAGAAAGUAUUAGACACCAAAAGCAGUUCCCAAUUUUGUGUGUGAAGAAUCUCAUGUAUAGUGCAGUUAUCAGGAUUUUGUUCAUGUAAUCGGUGGCGUCACAUUUCCUUCAUUUCCCCUUGAAAAACAGGACAGUUUGAUUUUUGGGGGUUGGGGCUGAAAAUUUGAAAGAAUGUGUUGUCAUCGGCAGUUAGUUUGUUUACUCAUGUUUAUUCCUUUUGCUUAUAACAUUGAUAUUUUAUCCUAGUAAUGAUGCCAUAAUUUAUUAGUGUCUUAUGUCUUUUAACCAAGUAAUUAAAGUCUUGUCACUAAUGUCUCUUGUCUUGUCAUCAAGGUCUGUGUCUUAUCCCCAAGUCAACAAUUUUGUGAGUGUUAUCCCAAAUUCACCAAUGUCUUGUGUCUUAUCACCAGGUUAGAACCAAAGAAUCGAUCAAAAGUCAUCCGGAAAUGGGGUGUUAUAUUGAAG